UUUGAAUUUAUUUAAAAUAAAAAAAAAACGCAGGAAAUUUAAAAUAAAAAAAUAACAAGGAAUAAAAAAAAUUUUUUAGCAAGCUAGUCUACAAAAAAUGGAAUUAUCAGAUCCAAGUCCCGAAGACCUUCAACGGAAAUUAUAUUUCCUGGUAGAACAACUUCAAAACAUGGCUAGUGCUCUGCCUUCAAAGUACCAAAUGCGUUUGCCCUACGAAUUAUUGUCCGGACUGGCCAACUCUCUGCUAAAUGACACUAUUUUUGAGAUAGUAAAAGGCCUGAUGGAGAUCCAGCAUGUGACUGAGAAACACUUGUUUCAGCAACGGCUCCAGCUGCUAAAUCAGCAGAAGAUCCAGAUGCAAGAAGCCUUGGCUGGUUCCAACACCGAGGAGGAGAAAAUGGCGGUGAAAAUAGCUCUCGAGGAGAAGCAGAAGAAAGAUUUGAAGGCCACUGACAUGAGACUAGUGAUGCAGUUGGACCAGAAAGUCGCUGAUCAGCAGAGUACUCUAGAAAAGGCUGGAGUUCCUGGUUUUUAUGUCACCAAUAAUCCUGCAGAAAUCCAACUACAGAUGAGACUUUGCGACUUUAUUAUAAGACUAAGUAAGAUGGAAAUACCUAGAUGACAUUUAUUGAUAACAAUUUAAGUUUACAAAAUUUAUAUUUAUUAUUUAAACUUUUAUAAUAAAAAAAAGAUACUAAGCUAAUUAAUAA